AUGUUUCAGGAGGCAUUGGCAACUGUGGAGACUAAUACUCAGGUGCCAUUCAUAGCACCUGCUUUUAAUGCAGGAGCAAUCUCAGCAACAUCAACCUCUGCCUUCCCUCAGCAGCCUUUGAGCAGCAAAUCAAGCCCCUUGGAAAAUGAAGAAAGAAAAAGGAUGAUGUGCUACGUAGCCCUGAGCGACGUUGUUGCUAAGGAAGAAACGUCACCUUACUCCCUGCUCACUGUAAGAAUCAUAAAGUUGAGAAAUGCUCAUCAGACAGACUUUUUAAGCCAAUCUGAUUGCUACGUGAGCCUCUGGUUGCCAACUGCUUCAGAUGAAAAAUUCCACACAAAAACCAUCAAGAACUGCAGAAAUCCCGUGUGGAAUGAAACCUUCUACUUCCGAAUACAGAGGCAAGUCAAGAAUAUUUUGGAAAUUACUGUUUCUGAUGAUGACAUAAUUUGUGAUGAUGACCAUGCAAUUGUGCUUUUUGAUGUAGCUAAAAUCCCCCUUGGAGAAAGAGUGUUUACAACAUUCCCACUGAAUCCACAGACGAGGGAGGGGCUAGAAGUUGAAUUUGUAUUGGAGAGCAUCUGGGGUCCUUCUGAAACCCUCCUCACAAAUGGAGCAAUCGUGUGUCGUGAGGCAGCCUGCUUGGAAGUACACUUGGACGGCAGGAUAAAAAAGAAGCACUUUUCAGAGAAUGAGCUAACAUUUACAGUGAGAGGAUCCUUUGAAGAAACCCAGAGAGUUUCAGUGGGCUGUGACUCCUGCUCCCCUUCCCCAGAUCCCACUUGUUUCCACUAUGCUAAAUACAAGCAACCCUCCCUGGAUGUUGUACUCACAAAGAAGAGGAGGCUUCCCACCUUUUGUGCUUGCAUGUCAUGUGGAGUAAGAAGGAGCAGAGACAUCCCCUUGACUCUCUCUCUGAACUCGCUCCCAUCUGAGCAGGUAGUAGUUGGUGAGCACAGAAAAUUUGAUUUGCACUUGAAGGUGAAAAAAUGCCAGGAAGACCUAGAUGUACGCCUGGGGUUUGACCUGUGUGCCCAGGAGCAGGAUUUCAUUCGCAAGAGGAAGAAGGUGGUUGCAGCAGCUCUGAAGGACAUUCUCCAGCUGGAGGAGGACUUGCAGGAUGAUGAGGUACCUGUGGUGGCAAUCAUGACGACGGGUGGUGGAACCAGAGCUCUGACAGCCAUGUAUGCUCAUCUUCUCAGUGUCCAGGAACUGAAUGUCCUGGACUGUGUCUCAUACAUCACCGGUUUAUCUGGCACAACAUGGACCAUGUCCAAUUUGUAUGCAGAUCCUGACUGGUCCCAAAAGGAUCUUAAGGAAACACUCAAAGAUGCCCGAAAGCAUGUGCUCAAAAAUAAGUUCUUAACUUGUUUUGCCCCCGAUCGUCUGAAAUACUAUUUGAAAGAGCUGUGCCAGAGGAAACAGGAAGGACAUCAGAUGUCUUUCACAGAUCUGUGGGGACUCAUCAUUGAAACCAUGUUCCAUGAAAAGGAGGACUGUCAUAAGCUCACAGAUCAGCAGCUGGCACUCAGCCGGGGUCAGAAUCCUCUGCCCAUCUACCUCUCUCUCAAUGUGAAGGAUAAAAUCAGCGACCAGGAUUUUAGAGAAUGGGUGGAAUUCACACCUUAUGAGGUAGGAUUUCCAAAAUAUGGUGCCUACAUUCAUACAGAAGAUUUUGGUAGUGAGUUCUUCAUGGGUCGCCUGAUGAAGAAAGUACCAGAAUCCAGAAUCUGCUUUUUGGAAGGGAUCUGGAGCAGUGUAUUUUCCUUGAAUCUUAUGGAUGCUUGGUAUUUAUCUGUUCAGUCAGAAGACUUCUGGCACAAAUGGACCCGAGACAAAAUUACUGACAUAGAUGAUGGAACUCUAUUGCCUGCAAGACCAAAUGAACUGGACACUCGAGUGGUUUGUCCCACCGACAGCUUUUCAAACAUUUUCCGAGAUGUUGCCAUGUUACGUCCAGCAGCCUCAGAAAUCCCUAACUUCCUGAAGGGCUUCCAGAUGAACAACAACUACCUAGAGAGCAAGUUUUCCAAAUGGAAAGACUGUGAGCUUGACACCCAGCCCAACCACCUGACAGCAGCAGCAGACUACCUCAUCCUGAUCGAUACAGCAUUUGCCUUUGCUACCAGUUACCCGCCCCUUAUGAGGCCAGAAAGGAAAGUGGAUGUCAUUUUGCAUUUCAACUACAGUUCAGGUUCCCAAACAGCGCCCCUGAAAGAAGCCUCUAAAUACUUCGCAAAACAGGGAAUUCCUUUCUCUACAAAGGUGCCAGAUGAUGAGGAAACUCCCCAUCUGAAGGAAUGCUACAUUGUUGGUGACAAAGAGAGCCCAGAAACCCCUAUUGUGAUAUUUUUCCCUCUAGUAAAUGACACCUUCAGGGACUACAAAGCACCUGGUGUGAAACGUAGUCCCUCAGAGAUGGCAGAGGGUGAAGUUGAUGUUGCCAAUAGCUGUGGUCCAUAUUAUAUAAACAAUCUGAGUUAUUCUGAGGAAAAUUUUGACAAACUGGUGAACCUAAGUUACUACAAUGUCCAGAACAAUAAAGACCUGAUCCUUCAGGCCUUGCGUACCGCUGUGGAGCGAAAAAAGCAACAGAACAGAGAGCAACCACUGGGAAAACCACCCAGUAGGGGUGGUAUGUGUAUGCCUGAUAGAGAGGGAACACAGCAUUUGGCUGACUGCCCAGCACUGACGAAUGUGAAAUCAAAUAUCUAUGAAUCCUGUUAA